GUGGGGACUUUGAAAGAGGAACGCUUGGUUAUGCUGUUAAUGUAUUAACAUCAGGUAUGUUGUUAAUGUGUUACCUUCUGCAUUCCAUUUCAUUCAAGGGCACAACAAAAUUUCAUAGAACGCUGGUGAGGGAACCAACAACAGCUUUGCAGAAAUCAAGCUGAAAAAAUGUUGUAACAGUAAUGGCAACUUCAAGAGACGAUAAUCAAGCAGCAGGAACAUCGGGUGAUCACGACAGAGCAUCUACAAGAAGACAGAGCAAAGAUCGACCGCCAACAUUGGAGGACCUAAGGGUUGUGCUUGUCGGCAAGACUGGAGCAGGAAAGAGCGCCUCAGGAAAUACCAUUCUUGGCAGGCCAGAGUUCAAAGUUGACUUUGCUGCCCAGUCAGUGACCAAAGAGUGCCAAAAGAGCAGUGAGAUGAAAACCAGGAUCACAGUCAUUGACACACCUGGCCUUUUUGACACAGUGCUCUCAGAGUCUUCUCUGAUGAACAGGCUGGUGGAGUGCAUCACUUUCUCCUCUCCAGGCCCUCACGCCUUCCUCCUCGUUAUUCCAUUGGGCCGCUUCACCAUGGAGGAGAAGCAAGCCGUAGAACGGAUCCAGAGCAUCUUUGGAGAACGAGCAUCCAAACACACAAUGGUCCUCUUCACUCAUGGAGACAAGCUGAAGGAUGAGCGCAUUGAAGAGUUCAUCAGAAAGGCUGGCCAGGAUCUCCAGGGGCUCCUCAAAGUGUGCAAGAACCGCUACCACGUCUUCAGCAAUGUGAGCCAUGACCGACAGCAGGUGGUGGAACUGCUUAUUAAGAUAAAGGAGAUGACUGAGGAGAAUGGAGGCACAUUCUACACAAACAAGAUGUAUCAGCAGGUAGAGAGCGCCAUCCGAAGGAAAGAGGAUGAACUACGGCAGAAGUUUGAGAAAGAAUUGCGGGACAAAGAAGGUAUGGAGACACGGCUGUGGGAUAUGAUGGUGGAACUGAAACAAAAAGACUGUGAUCUGAGAGAAAAAGAGGAGAAGAUCCAAAGUCUGCAGAAUCAGUAUGAACAAGUUAAAGCUGACAAAGCCAAACUGGAAAAGAGAGCUUUAGUGCUGAGAGAUAAAGCAGAGAGAAAAAGCAAAGUGGCAGACAUUAUCAGACCCUUUUCCCACAAGUCCUUCUGCAAAUGUGCAACACAGUAAUGACAGAUUCAGUUUAGGGAGAGCCUGGUCCCUUUCUGGUCCUCCCACUGUAAGGAAGGAUAGACAUCAGAACACCUCUUUCUGUUUGCAUUUGAAACAGAGGUCAUCACUAAAUGGAGAUAAUGAACAUUACAGGUUAUAAAACGUGUCAUCUCCAUUGACAAUUGUCAACGUUCCAAAUGAUAAAUUGACAGUAGAAGACAGUCUCUGUGUCUCGAAACCAGUACUUCUGAAGCGUAUUAGCCAUUUUUAGUGCAAGUAGUAUGUUCAAACUGGAAAAUGAAGAAGGUUGUAAUGUACUGUUAAUGCCUCGAUGAUGCAUUAUAACUGUUCGAAAUUUCAAAUGGGACGUCUUUGUACUUCAAUAGCUGCAAUUUUGUGCAGUCAGACUUUUGAAUUUUGCAGCUAAGGAUCUCAAAAUGAUGUAAAGAAAAUUGGGCAUGUUAUAGUCAACUUCAGUUUGCUAGCGUAAGCAAUGGGAGUACCUGAAGCAAAGAGAGUAAUCAAAGUAAUCAAACGUGUCUAGUCUUUGAAGCAGGAACACCCUUCAAUUUUGGGGAAAUAAAAGGAUGUAUGACAAAUCGAUGAAAGCUUCAGAGUGGUUUUACAUUUUUCUUAGAUAUUAGAUAUUAGCGUUACUGCUAAUAGGUUGGGGAGCUGAUCAGCUCAUUGGUAGCUCACUGACACCAUCAAUGUACAUAAGGCACUGUUACAAAGUCCAAUCUGGAAAAAAGGAUUGCUAUUUACAAAUCUGAAUGCUACACAAAAGCUCCAUAGAUGGCCAUUAAUUAUAAACUUUUUCAAAAGCAACUUCUAAUGUCUGAUCAACCUAGAAUAGAUACUUGAGUGAGAAUUUUCCUUGCUAGGAAUGAGAUAGCAACACUCAAUAUAGUGGCAGUAUCACAGAAACUCUUACCCUUUAAUAAAACAGCCAAUCGCCUUCACCUCUACAAUACUUCCUGUCUAUAUGGGACUCCUGGGACUCUUAGGCAUAUUAUGCAGGACUGCCUGAAAGUUUACACCUUUUUUGGAGGUGGUAGUUGAAUCUCUUCUUUGACUAAGACACACUUCUCCAUGGACCCUAACCUUCAUUUGCUUAAUGAUGACUCAAGAUCCUCCAUCAUGGAAAGAUCCCUGAAAAUAUGGCCGACUGGCUUAACUACAGCAAAGAAAAGGCAUCGUCCACC